UAAACAACAUGGCCGAUAAGGAAGUGAAAGGAGACGACAGCAGUCGAGAUUUGACUAUAUUGCCGGAUUUGACGUUUGGUUUUGUGGAAUCUUCCGUUAAAAGCAGUUCAAAGAGUCUAGGGGUUAAAGAAAUGUCAAAAGGAUAUAAAUAUUUUGCUGAGAAAUACGUAACAAACAUUACUAUUCACAAAGUAGAUAAAGGUGGUUUAGUGAGAGGAAAAUGCCAAAGAUCUCAUAGAAAAAAUGAGUCUGCACAUGAUGUUGAGGUUGUUAUUGUAGAAGGUCCUAUCCUUGAAAGCAGUACAUGCUCUUGUGCCAUAGGGAAGUUAGGGACUUGUGGACAUGUCACAGGCCUGCUUUACAGCCUAGCUCACAUGAAAUCAUGUAACAUGAAAACAAUUCCAUGUGAUAUUCUAAAAACAUCUCUGCCCCAGACUUGGCAUAUGCCCCGUGGUGAAAAAAUUGGUGGAAAUAAGGCUGAUGAGUUAGUUGUAUUUGGUUAUAACACCCAAUCACCUCAACAGCAACCACGUGGUCUACGUUCAACAAUGUAUAAUCCCAUCAACUCACCACUACCAAAUGUUUCUGAGCUUUGCCAAAGUCUGUCACAGAUUGACAAGACAUGUUUACUAUUGUCUGUAAUAGAUUUAGAGAGUGCACCUGUUAUUGUUAAUACCAAGUUUGGUAAAUUUCAAAAAGGAUCACCAGUGGCAGUGCAACAAAAACUUUAUAACCAUUAUGUUCUCAACAUAUUGGAUGCACCUGAAUAUCCAAGUUUGCCUGUUGUCAAUUUCAUGAAAAAUACUGUGUGCACAGUUCUUGAUGAAAAGAAAAGUUUGGCAUUGAAUUCUGUCAUAGUUACUAGCGAAGAUAGCAUUCACAUAGAAGAAAUGACCAGACUUCAGACAAAUGAACCAAAAUGGCACAAGAUUAGAAAGGAUAGACUCACUGCAUCUGUUGCUGGAGACAUUGUUAAGAGAAAAGCAGAUAAUGAACCAUUGGUUGCUAGAUUGAAGACUACCAGAAAAGUAGUAACUGAGAGCAUGCGUCAUGGUUUGUCAUUUGAAAGUGUAGCUGCUGCUGCUUUCGUUAAGCUACACGAUGAGAAUGUAAAUGUAUACCCAUGUGGCAUCAUAGUAAGUCCAUACUCUCCAUGGUUAGCUGCAAGUCCAGACCGUAAAGUGUAUCAUCCCUCUAGGAUACCACAGUUUGGCCUGUUGGAAAUUAAAUGCCCAGUGAAAGUAUAUCAGAAUGUAUGUAUCUCACAGGCAGCGUUGAAGAUAGAAAACUUAAACAGAAUCACAAUUAUUUUUACCAAGUGAUGAUGCAGUUGGCAGUUACAGGAUUAAAAUGGUGCUAUUUCUACGUAUGGCGUUUAGAGGAAUACCAUGAAGAAAUUAUUGAGUUUGAUGAAGAUGUA